AUGAAAGCAUAACAAGCAGCAACUCUAUUAUUGGAGGAGACACUUUUUUAAGUUGACCUAAGAGCUGAACAACUUAAAAGUUAUUUAGAGAAAGUUACUAACACAGUUAAUGGGCAUUCUUCCUAUUUAAACAACUUAUAAAUCUAAUUGAAUCAAGUACUGAAAUUGCAAGAUUAUGAAACCUAUUUGCAGAGAACUGCAAGAUCAAUGUCUCUUCGUGAUCCAGAAUUCGAACAAUAGGUUUCUUUUUAGUUGGAGAAACCAUUGGCUGAAAAUGGAUCAGAUCAAAUAGAGAAUGCCAUCUGUAUGGUGAUCAACAAAGAGCGAGUGUUCGGUUAAGGAAUGGCGUAUCUAUUCAAACGAAGUAAAGAUUGGGAAGCUAAACUCAACAAAUUGGAGGCUGAUCUUAUGAAACGAGCAUUGAAAGAUGAUUUGGAUAAGGGUUUGAAAGAACAAAAAACUAAAUUGUCAGAUCAAAUUGAUGAUUUAAAUAAGAAACUUACUAAACGAUUUUAGGAUCAGGAGAGAUCAGCAACUUAAAAUUAAAAUCAGUUACAAUAAAGUAUUAAUGAGUUAGAGAAAAAAACAUUAUGGAAAAUAAGUGAUUGUGAAAAGUUAUUGCAAUAAAGAAUCAAUGACAAAUUUGUGGAAUCAUCCUGCUAAGGUGUUUAUGAUAGAGUUAUGAGAGACAUAGCCAAAUAAAAAGAUGAAGGCAUCAAGGGAAUUUAAAAUGAGAUGGUUGAAUUGAAGGCCAAAUUUCAAUACAAUGAAGAAAGAAAUCAAGACAAUUUCAAAACAUUAAGAAUUCAAUUGAAAGAAAUGAAUGAUACAAUCUAACAGAAAUAUACACCCCUUGAAAAAUUUGAACAAACAAAAUAAAUACUAAGUGAUAGAACUGUUGAUCUUUAAAAUAAAGUAGGUGAAUUGUCCAGAAAAAUGGAUGCCAUUUUGUAAUUAGAAAAAUUGAUACCUUAAAUCAAAUCAAUGGAUGAUAAAAUUGCUGAUUGCUAAUAUAGGGGAGAAUAAAAUAGAAAAGACAUUGAAGAAUUAAAAAUUAAGACUGAAAACUUUGAUGGACAAGCAAAAGGAGGAAAAAGUGAUGUUGAUCCUCACAAAGUCUGUUCUUUAGAAGCUGAUAUUAAAAGAUUAAAAAGUGAUUAUACAGAUUAAGAAAACAAAUUGAGAUUAUUAGAAAAUGAAUUGAAAAGAAAAAUUGAUGUCAAUGAACAAAGAUUCCUUCAACAAUUAAAUCUUUUGAAGUAGGCGCCUUAAUAAUAAUAAUUAUCAAAAGAAGAUAUUAUCUCUAUAAUUGAUAAAGAGCUAUCAUAACCUAUGAGUUUAUUAAGAGCAAGAAUAUUACAAAUUGUUGGCUAAGCUUGUGGAGAGAACAUGUCUUUUGAGAUGUUCAUCAGAAACCUAUUAAAUGAUAUAGCUGAUUUAAAAAAGAAGAUGGAAGGUUUAUAAGAUCUUGAUAAAAAAAUGAGAAAGUAUAUGAAAUAAAUGACAUCGAAUGAUAACUCUGACCUAUAGAAACAGCUUGCAGAAAAAGCAAAUGAAGAAGACACCAAGGCUAAAUUUACAGCUUUAGAGGAAAAAUAUAAAACCAUGGCUGAAAAUUAUGGGAUUCUAGCUAAAGGAAUGAAGGAGUUAGAGGAGUUCUCUAAUUAUCUACAAACAUUGCUAUAUGUAAAUCAAUAAGAAACUGUUAGCAUCUUAACCGGAAAUCAUAGAGUUGUUACAUAGAGAUGCUUGGUUUGCUCAGGAAAAACUAAAUUAACAAAAACUUUAGAUAAAAGCUAAGACUUAAAUUAGGCUAAAUUAGUAAGAGGAGAUUUGAGGCCAAAAGAUUUGGUUUAUGAAAAUUCUGAAGUUUAUGAAUUAAAUCCAAAUUAAGUUAAUUACACUACGGAUAAUUAGAAAUAUGUUGGAACUACGGUUGGAUUCAAAUACCCAAUGCUAAGUCAAAAUAAAGCAAGUAUUAAAGAAUCCUAAUUUUUAGAUGAUCCUUCCUCAAGUUCUGGUAGAAUGGUAAGACCGUAAAGUGCCUCAUAAAAAAAAUAUUGA